UAGGAAGUGACGUAGCUCUUCCGCUCAAGCUCCGGGUCUGAAAGUUGGGUCCCACGCGGGGUCAACAUGAGGAUCGAGAAGUGUUAUUUCUGCUCCGGGCCGAUCUACCCGGGCCACGGCAUGAUGUUCGUCCGCAACGACUGCAAGGUGUUCCGAUUCUGCAAAUCCAAGUGUCAUAAAAACUUUAAGAAGAAGAGGAACCCACGCAAGGUUAGGUGGACUAAAGCCUUCCGUAAAGCAGCUGGCAAAGAGCUCACGGUGGACAACUCAUUUGAAUUUGAAAAACGUAGAAACGAGCCUGUGAAAUACCAACGAGAGCUGUGGAAUAAAACUAUUGAUGCAAUGAAGAGAGUUGAAGAGAUCAAACAGAAGCGCCAGGCUAAAUUUAUAAUGAACAGGUUGAAGAAAAACAAAGAGCUGCAGAAGGUUCAGGACAUCAAGGAGGUCAAGCAGAACAUCCAUCUUAUCCGGGCUCCUCUCGCAGGCAAAGGAAAGCAGCUGGAGGAGAAAAUGGUGCAGCAGUUACAGGAGGAUGUGGACAUGGAGGAGGCUUCCUAACAGUGCUGUCCGCAACCAGCCCCGUGCACACUGGAGUCGAGUGGAGACUGUCGGCCCCUGAGUUAUUGAUUGGUUCUAUAAGGUCCCUCAGACAAGGGUGAUUCAGCGUGCUUCCCCCUGAAACAUUGCAGCCUGUGAAAGCAUCUCCUUGUGGGUGUCAGGUCUCGGCUCAGCAUGCUGCUUCACUGUGUUAUGCUCAUGGAAACAGGAAAAUGUUUGUGUAGAUGAAGAUAUGAACUGUGGACAUAACGUGCUUGAGCCAACCAUCUUCCAGUGUGAAAUUUGAAAUGAUGUAAUAUUUUCCUACAUUGGAUAGUCUGUUUAUUAGGGUUAUUGAAAUGGAGGUCACACAAGGAACUGACUGUUCUCAUGUCUACCCGAGUCUCUUUGUUUAGUAACUUUUUAGAGUUGCAUAAUGGCAGCACACAGCACAGCUGGAUUAUGUGGGGCUGUCUGCCCUGCUUCACCCGUGAUGGUGGAGGUGGGCCGGGGCGAUGGACUGCCUGAGGGCACCUUGCUAGUUUUGCUUUGGAGAAUGCUCAGUUCAGGUCGUGACAUCUGUCCUGAAAGCUGCUCCUUUCCUUCCAGCCUAGCAGUGAUCUAGAAGCAGAAGAAUCUUGGCGCCUUUCAAAGUUUAGUGUGUGCUUUUCUUUCCUUUUUCUUGUUCACUCCCCUCCCCUCCCCCUCCCCCUCCUCCCUCCCUCUCUCUCCUUCCUUCCUUCCUUCCUUCCUUCCUUCCUUCCUUCCUUCCUUCCUUCCUUCCUUCCUCUUUUUUUCUUUCUUGAGACAGGAUCUCUUUGUGUAGUGCUGGCUGUCCUGAAAGUCACUCUGUAGACCAGGCUGCUUGGAACUCCCAAAGAUCCACCUGCCCCUGCCUUCUAAGUUCUGGGGUUAAAGGCGUGAGCACACCAUCAUAUCCAGCAGUUUUGAUUUUUUUCAAGCCUUAAAAAAAAACAACCAAAAAGAAACUCUGGCUUUUGGAAAGUAGACUUUAUGGAUAGAAUGCUAACUAUUAUUUGUACAUAAAUAAAGCCCUUUCUAAAGUAAA